AUGUCGACCGAUAAGAGAGCCGGGGAGACUUUCACCUCUCAAGUGCCAUCAUCGCCCUCAGACAGUCAGAUUGAUGCGUCUAGUGAAAUUGCUGUGGAUGCAAGCUUCGAGAAACGAGUCAAACGCAAGAUUGACUUUUGGCUUGUUGGUUUCUACUCAGUGGUUUACAUCUUCCGAGUCAUCGACUCGUCCAACUAUUCCAAUGCUGCCAUUAUCAAUCUUGAACAUGGAACGGGCAUCAAAAAGGAAUUGCAUUUGACACCUGGCAUGUGGGCAUGGACAUUGUCGAUCUUCUCCUACAGCUAUCUGAUCUUUGAGCCCACGAAUACGCUGCUGCUGAAGACCUUCCGACCCUCGAGAUGGAUGUUCGUCUUAAUCCUCACUUGGGGUAUUUGUGCCUGCUCGGCAGCAGCAGUCCAGAGUUUCCAGGGGAUGAUGUGUGUCCGCUUCGCCAUUGGAGCAGCCGAAGCUGGUUUUUACCCAGCAGUGCUCUACCAUAUGGAUUUCUUCUACAAGCCCAAAGAGCUCCCCUGGCGGAUCGCCUUAUUCUACUCGGUCGGCCAGCUUUCAAGCGCAUUGAGUGGUUUGUUGGCCUUUGGAAUAAGCUACCUUGAUGGGAAAGGCAACCUCGCAGGAUGGCGUUGGCUCUUUCUUCUCGAAGGGUUGCCAGCAAUCGUCCUAUCUUUCAUCGCCCUUUUCGGUCUCCCGGAUUACCCUGAAACGGCGCGGAUGUUGAACGAAAAGGAACGAGCCUUCAUGGCCGAGAGAUUGAACGAAACUGCGCCGAAGGGCAAGAAGGGCAAUUGGGACUGGUCGUCGCUAAAGAUUCUUUUGCGUGACCCGACCACGUACACAUUCACCUUCUACUGGCUCGCGCAUGGUAUCGGCGGCUUCGGCAUCGGUUACGCCCUGCCAACCGUCAUUUACCAGCUUGGCUUCACUACAACGGCCAAGUCACAGCUGAUGAAUAUCCCUCCGUACGUCUCGUGCUUCAUCUUGCUCAACACACUAGGUCGACUUCUGCACAAGAAAUGGAUUCGUCCAUGGACGACGGCUGUCUCAAUCGAGGGCACAACAAUAAUAUGCUACAUCAUCCUCAUCACCGUGCACAGCCCUGUGGUCAAGUACCUCGCACUCAUUGUUGCCGUGUCUUGCGCCGGUUCCGCAUAUCCUGUCAUUUGGCCUGAACGGAUUCGCGCCCUCGAAGGGACGGUCGGAGCAGGAAUUGGCAUCGGUUGGACGAAUGCGAUGGCUCAGUUCGGAGGCAUUGUCGGGCCUCACGUCUACAGCACAGUAUUUGGACCGACUUAUCAUGUCUCAUACAUAAUUUGUUUGUGUUUUCUGAUAGUGUCAAUCACGUCGAUUCUGUUGUCGUGGUUCUUUGUGGCUCGAAAGGAUAGGAGGAGGGCGAGGGAGAAUUCCGGGGCGGGAUCGUGA